GUGAUGGCGCUGCAGGCGGGCUGGGGAGCGCCAUGCGCUGUAAAGUUGCUGCGAUGUCGCUCCCGCGCCCGAGAGGUGUGGAGGAUGCUGGUGCAGAGGCUCACGAGUUGCACUUGCUUCGAGCUGACCAGACAGGCGGAAGCGUUUGCAGUGUUGCUAGGCGACGAGGGUGCAGCA